AGAAGCUCAUUGAGAGGUACAAUCCAGUCGUGAGCUUUAGAUCAAUGCGAACAGACGCAAACUGAAAUUAAAUUCAUCUUCUCGAAAAUUUACCUAAAACUAGUUUCUAGUUGAAUUUGAUAUCUUUUCAUUUUCUUGCCGUACUUCUUUCUCCUAUAUCUACAUUUUCAUCUGAAACCAAGCGCCGCGUAGUGAGUGUGUGUCUGUGUACUAGAACGUAACGUGGAGUUUUAUCGAAAGGAAUUUCAGAAAUCCGAAUUUUCCCAAAAAGCUCUUUUUCAUAUUAUUUAGUGAAAAGAAAAUUCAAACCCCAACCAAAUAAUCGAGAAAAUAGCACAAGAAAAAUAUCUUAUCUGAAGUGCGCAUAGUGUUUUGGUGUGAUUGUGUACUUGAGAAACUUCUACGCAAAAACAACAAAUACAUGGACUUCUCCAUCGUUGUCGAUUUGUCGUCGAUAAUGGAUUAAAUACACGUUGGAAGUUGCAUAUUAAGGCUCACAAAUGCAGUGGCCUUGUUUUCAACUAGUUAUAAGAAAUCAUUUUCACAAAUUAAAUUAAAGCUGUGAAAAGUCGGAUCUGUGCGUAAACGUGCUCAACGCUUUAAUAUCUAGUUCGAUCAAUUCGAAAUACACAAUUAUGUACCGACCGAAUUUCUAUGAAUCAACAUGCCUGCGAUGUAAUGAAGUCGUCUAUCAGGUGGAUCGAGUUGGGCCUUUAAAAGAUUUCACAUUUUUCCAUUCCGGAUGCUUUAAAUGUAUUCAUUGUGGCACAAAGUUGACGCUCAAAACAUACUUUAACAAUCAACAUCGGCAGGAAGACAAAGAGGUUUACUGCAGCUCACAUGUACCAAAGAGUGGCCCAGGACAUCUGGAUCAAACAUCAGUGGGAAUUCGACAGGCUCUUAAUGUACCAAAAUCGAAUAAAUAUGUUAAUGAACAAAUUAGAGGAACACGAGCAGAUGUUGAAAAUCAAACGCGACAGUCAACUCCAAAUGGAUAUCAUGGUAGUCGUGAAGUUAAUUCACCAUCGCAAAAUGACUCAGACUACAAAUACGGCCGUUUCGAUGCUAGCGCACUUCAUAUUGCACAUGCUCUCAAACAAACAGAAAUUCAGAAAGCAUACAAUAAAAGACGUGAGAAACCAAUUGACUUUUAUUUGGCCCGUGAAGAGCAAGCCCGCCUAGAAAUGAAACAUCGCAAAGAGGAAGAUGAUCUUUAUCGCAAAUUCGCUCGGAAAAGAGAGGAAGAGGAUCGUAAAAUGCAAGAUGAAAUUCAAGAUGAAUGGGAACGAGAACUACAACGUUUAACACAUAAAUUUGAAAAGGAAUUGGCUACUUCAAGACGCAAUCGCGAUGAACAGAAUUUGCUAACGCUUCGACACGAACAACAGAAAGAAGACCUGGAGAAGAACAUGACACUGCGCCGUACCAAAAAGAAAGAGAGUUUAUCUCGGAAAAUGCUUGAACACGAACGUUCUGAAACUGCAGCUCUAGUCGAUAGACAAUCCAGUGAAAUGCUGGAACUGAUCAGCGCCCGUCGUAGCGAAUACAUGCAAAAUGAGAGCAUCUUCUUAGAUGACGAUUUUACCGAGGAAGCGUUACCAUUGGAAUACCCGGAUCGUGCUCCACCCCCGUCCCCUCCUGCCGUUAGUAAAUUUCAGAUCUACACAGACCCAAUCGAAUUCGAAGAUGUCGAUAGAAUCGCUAUUUCGGUUGCCCAAGAAGACCAAAAAACCUUCACUGAUCUUGUCCGACAACUGGUCGGCCGGUGCACUUCUGAUAUUGAGAAAGCUCGUACGAUUUUCCGAUGGAUCACUGUCAAGAAUCUCAACGCAAUGCAUUUCGAUGACGAUUUACGAGGUGAUACACCUAUGGGACUCCUUCGUGGAAUAAAGUAUGGAACUGAGAGUUACCAUGUAUUGUUCAAAAGACUUUGCAGCUAUGCUGGUCUACAUUGCGUUGUGAUUAAAGGUUAUUCAAAAAGUGCAGGAUAUCAACCAGGUGUUAAAUUCCAAGAUUCACGUUUCCGAAACUCAUGGAAUGCUGUAUAUGUAGCCGGGGCUUGGCGUUUUGUGCAAUGCAAUUGGGGCGCAAGACAUUUGGUUAAUGCCAAAGAAGUUCCCAAAACCGGACGAGGUAAAAAUGAUAGUUUAAGGUACGAAUAUGAUGAUCACUACUUUCUCACUGAUCCCCGAGAAUUUAUCUAUGAGUUCUUCCCACUGCAAGAAGAAUGGCAACUUUUAAAACGUCCGAUUACUUUACGGGAAUUCGAAAACCUACCGUUCGUUCGAUCGUUAUUCUUCAGAUAUGGUUUACAUUUUGCUGAUGAGGGGUACGGUGCCGUAGUAUUUACCGAUGAUACAGGCGCAGCUACCGUCCGAAUAGCAAUGCCAACCGAUAUGCAAGGAUGUCUAAUCUUCCACUACAAUCUGAAAUUUUAUGAUAGCGAAGAGGAUUCCUUCGAUGCAGUUUCACUCAAACGUUUCGUUAUGCAAUCUGUUAUUGGAAAUAUAGUUGCUUUCAGAGUACAUGCGCCCACGUCGGGCGCUUUUCUUUUAGAUAUUUUUGCUAAUGCCGUGACCCCGCAAGAGUAUUUGACGGGAGAGCCGAUGAAAUUCAAGUCAGUAUGUAAAUUCAAGAUCUGUUGUGAGGAACUUCAAACUGUAAUGGUUCCUUUGCCAGAUUGCGCAAGUGGUGAGUGGGGUCCAACCAAAGCCACAAGAUUAUUUGGCUUAAUACCAGUAACACAUCAGGAACCUCUUAUUUUUGCUGGCCGUGGAAUGGAAAUUCAAUUCAGAAUGUCAAGGCCGUUAACAGAUUUUAUGGCAACUUUACAUAAAAACGGUCUCGAAGAAAAAAAGUUAUCGAAAUACGUUACGCAUAAUGUCGUCGAUGAUAUUGUCACGUUUGCUAUAAGCUUUCCUGAAGAAGGACAGUACGGUCUCGACAUUUAUACACGAGAGGUUGGCACAAUGCAGCACAAUAAUAAUAGUCUAAACGAGAAACAUCUACUAACGCAUUGUUGUAAAUAUCUAAUAAAUUCAUCGAAACGAAAUUAAAAUAAGGAAGCUCAAUUUGAAAGCAUAGUAAAGAUUGCAACAGUGAAGAAAAGAAUGCACCAACUGUUUAUAAACAAUCAAUAUCACAAAACAAACGACGCUAUCACCUAAUUUAAUUUUCAAGACUUUUUUAUUCUAUAAGUUAUAUAUUGAAUUGGGCGACUGCCUCCAGUUGAAUGUUGAAAUUAUUUUCAAAAUGAACAUAACUAACGGACUGGAUUCUGACCCAGUUGCAAUUUUAAAUUUUCAAAUCUCUUUUCUAAAUAAUGUUUAAUUGUUGAACACUAAAUAUUUUAAUUUAUGAUACAAACACUGUAUUUAAAUAAUCUUAGUAUGUACUCUCGGUUGUCCGUGUUGCUUAGUCAAUUGAUAAAAAGCUUAUUUAUACGAAAAAUGGUGCUGUAGGGACAUUACUCUUAAGACCUUGGAAGCAAAACAUGUCUUCAAUUCGCGCUACACAACCUACUUAAUUAUUUAAAGAAUACCAACACACAAAAUAUAAGGCACAGAGACAAACUUACAAAGUAAUGAUAGAUCAACUAAUUUGAACUAAUUCUCUACCAGUGAAAAAUCGAAACUAACAAAACUGCUCAAACUGAAGUGAAUUGAUUUCCUUUUAUAUUGUAACCCCCGAAUCAUAAUUUAUUGUACAUACACAGCAUAUAAUGCAAAGUGAGAGAAGUGAAAAAUUUUUUAUUAAAAAUAUAUUUUUGAAAAUAUUAAUAAAAACUUUGAUAACAAAAGAA